CUUACCAACGUAGUUAAGCGUUGGUGGAGAAAAGCUAAAUCAAGAUGAGAUCUUCUUAUAAGAUGGGACCUUCUGCCCAUCUCAUUUCCGCUCUAGGAGUUAUCAUCAUGGCAACAAUGGUUGCUGCAUAUGAGCCAUACACGUACAGUUCUCCACCACCGCCAUAUUCUGCACCAUCUCCUAAAGUAGAAUAUAAAUCACCCCCAACACCAUAUGUUUCUCUACCACCACUUCCGUCUGUCACUCCAUCGCCUGAGGUUGACUAUAAAUCUCCUCCACCACCGGCUUACAGUUCUCCACCACCACCAUAUUACUCUCCUUCCCCAAAGGUUGACUACAAGUCUCCUCCACCACCAUAUGUUUACAGUUCUCCACCACCACCAUACUACUCUCCAUCACCAAAAGUAGACUACAAAUCUCCCCCUACACCAUAUGUCUACAGCUCCCCACCACCACCGUACUACUCUCCAGCCCCUAAGGUUGACUACAAGUCUCCUCCACCACCAUAUGUUUACAGUUCUCCACCACCACCAUACUACUCUCCAGCCCCUAAGGUUGACUACAAAUCUCCUCCACCACCGUAUGUCUACAGUUCCCCACCACCACCAUACUACUCUCCAGCUCCAAAGGUCGACUACAAAUCUCCUCCACCACCGUACGUCUACAGUUCCCCACCACCACCGUACUACUCUCCGUCCCCAAAGGUUGACUACAAGUCUCCUCCUCCACCAUAUGUCUACAGUUCUCCACCACCACCAUACUACUCUCCAGCUCCUAAAGUAUACUACAAGUCCCCUCCACCCCCAUAUGUUUACAGCUCCCCACCACCACCAUACUACUCUCCAUCCCCUAAGGUUGUGUACAAAUCUCCUCCUCCCCCAUAUGUUUACAGUUCCCCACCACCAGCGUACUACUCUCCAUCGCCUAAGGUGGAUUACAAGUCUCCUCCACCACCAUAUGUUUACAGUUCCCCACCACCGCCAUACUAUUCUCCAUCCCCUAAGGUAGCCUACAAGUCUCCUCCACCACCAUAUGUGUACAGUUCUCCACCACCACCAUAUUAUUCACCUUCACCUAAAGUACACUACAAAUCUCCUCCACCACCAUAUGUUUACAGUUCUCCACCACCUCCAUACUACUCACCUUCUCCUAAAGUACACUACAAAUCUCCACCACACCCACAUGUAUGUGUGUGUCCACCACCUCCUCCAUGUUAUUCCCCAUCUCCAAAGGUCGUAUACAAGUCUUCUCCUCCCCCAUACGUCUAUAACUCUCCACCACCACCAUAUUACUCUCCAUCUCCUAAGGUUGUAUACAAGUCUCCUCCACCACCAUAUGUUUACAGUUCUCCACCACCACCAUAUUACUCUCCAACACCUAAGGUUCACUACAAGUCUCCUCCACCACCGUAUGUUUACAGCUCUCCACCACCACCAUACUAUUCUCCAUCCCCUAAGGUUGUAUACAAGUCUCCUCCUCCUCCAUAUGUCUAUAGUUCUCCACCACCACCAUACUACUCUCCAUCCCCUAAGGUAGACUACAAGUCUCCUCCACCACCAUAUGUUUACAGUUCCCCACCACCACCGUACUACUCUCCAUCCCCUAAGGUUGUAUACAAGUCUCCUCCUCCACCAUACGUCUACAGCUCUCCACCACCACCAUACUACUCUCCAUCCCCAAAGGUAGACUACAAGUCUCCUCCACCACCAUAUGUUUACAGUUCCCCACCACCACCGUACUAUUCUCCAUCCCCUAAGGUUGUAUACAAGUCUCCUCCUCCACCAUACGUCUACAGCUCUCCACCACCACCAUAUUACUCUACGAGCCCUAAGGUUGACUACAAGUCUCCCCCACCACCGUAUGUUUACAGUUCUCCACCACCACCAUACUACUCGCCAGCCCCUAAGGUAGACUACAAGUCUCCUCCAGCACCAUACGUCUACAGCUCUCCACCACCACCAUAUUACUCUCCCGCCCCUAAGGUUGACUACAAGUCUCCCCCACCACCGUAUGUUUACAGUUCUCCACCACCACCAUACUACUCGCCAGCCCCUAAAGUAGACUACAAGUCUCCUCCACCACCCUAUGUUUACAGCUCUCCACCACCACCAUACUACUCUCCAUCCCCUAAGGUAGAUUACAAGUCUCCUCCACCACCAUAUGUUUACAGCUCCCCACCACCACCAUCAUACUCUCCAUCUCCUAAGGUAGACUACAAGUCUCCUCCACCACCAUAUGUUUACAGUUCCCCACCCCCACCGUCAUACUCACCUUCUCCAAAAGUUGAGUACUAAGCUUCACCCCCACCUUCCUAUUUCUUGAAACAGAAAAUGUGGAUUCUUAAAUAAGCUACUGAGUUUCAGUUGAUGUAAUACUUUCUUUUGUUCUUGUUGCUACUUGUAUCCUAUAAUUUUUAAUUUUCUUGGUACUGAUUUUUAUAUUUUGUAAUGAAACCUUCACUUGGUUUCAUCUGUUUUCUUUGAUUUGUAUAAUGGUUGCUUGCAAUCUAUAUGAAGUCCUCUAAAAAUUUGAACUUUAUAGUCCGUACGCUUGAAGGCAAUCCUUAAACACGAGUCUUGUAUAUGGACUGCAUACCUAAAUUACAUGUA